AUGUCGAAGCAUAACGCGGUACCUGCACCAGUUGAAGAAUAUGACUAUGAAGGACUUCCUCCAGACUAUACCCUUGGGCACAACAUGCUGGCAGGCGCAUUCGCCGGCAUUGCGGAACAUUCGGUGAUGUACCCGGUGGAUUUGUUGAAGACUCGAAUGCAGAUCAUCAACCCUUCCGCCGGUGGUCUUUACACAGGAUUGACCAAUGCGGUUUCUACGAUAUACAGAAUCGAGGGCAUACGGACCUUAUGGAGAGGGGUGUCCAGUGUUAUUGUUGGUGCCGGACCUGCACACGCGGUAUACUUUGGCACAUAUGAAGCCGUCAAGGAAUUUGCAGGCGGGAACAAAGAUGAUCAUCAUCAUCCUUUUGCAGCAGCUCUUAGUGGGGCUUGCGCAACAAUAUCUAGCGAUGCUCUCAUGAACCCUUUCGACGUCAUCAAGCAACGAAUGCAGGUCCAUGGAUCAACUUACCGCUCAAUAUCUCACUGCGCACGGUCUCUCUAUCGCACCGAAGGACUAACCGCUUUCUACGUCUCCUAUCCUACCACAUUGUGCAUGACCAUUCCAUUUACCGCCACCCAGUUCAUGGCAUAUGAGUCGCUAUCGAAGUUUAUGAAUCCUCAAAAAGAGUACGAUCCAUUUACGCACUGUAUGGCUGGUGGACUCGCUGGGGCGUUCGCUGCCGGCAUAACAACACCAUUGGAUGUUAUCAAAACAUUACUUCAGACAAGAGGCCUGAGCCAGGAGGCCGAGGUGAGGAACGUAAGAGGUUUGUUCAAUGGUGCCAAGAUCAUCAGAAGUCAGUAUGGGUGGUCAGGCUUCUUCAGAGGUCUAAGACCACGAAUCAUCACAACGAUGCCGAGCACGGCCAUAUGCUGGACGUCAUACGAGAUGGCGAAGGCGUACUUUAAGCGAUACCGAGAAUCCGAGUCCUACGCGGCGUCGUGGUAA